CAAAGCUUUCUAAACUAGAUCCUGUGUAGCCGUCGCUGCUUCUCUCUGCCGUGAAACUCGUCGGCAAAGACGAAAUCUCCCUAUUUCGUUCAUCUUCGUUCAGACCAACACCUUCACACAUCAGUUUGAUUCGUGCAUCAGUUUGUUUUCGUCCAGACCAAUUCCUUCGCGGUCAUGAAUCCUCUCCUCGAUUCAUGCCAAAUCUGUCUUUGUUUCUCAUGCACAUUGGUUCGUUCAAGAUUUUAUUCCAUUCGUAUAUCAGUCUUUAGUUGCUUCGAUCGUUCAUCUUUACUGAUAUUCAAACUCGUUCGUUCAUCUCCGUUCAUUUGAGCAUCCAUCUCGAGAUUGAUUCAUUCGUUUGAGUGUUCAGUUCGCGCAUCAGUCUCUAUUCAGGUCCUUCAUUCAGUCUCAGAUCUCAUCUUCGACCAUCUUUGAACUCAUCCGUUGCGUUUUCUGUCCAGAUUCGUCUCUGUUCUUCCCGCUAAGUUUCUGUCCAGAUUUGUCUACGUUCUUCAUGCGUCCGCAUCUCUGUUCUUUGCCCACCCGCUCGUUUGUUCUUUGCUCAUCCGCACUUCUAUUUGGCAUUUAGCACUAUGUUAUUGUCUCUAUUUUUGUCAUUCUUUUGAUUGGGGAUUUAUUUGUUGGUUGCAUUUCUUACUAAUGUUUUUCAGAUGUAGAAAAAUGAUGUUGCUUGUCCCAUUAGUAUCAUCCUUGAUGGGACGAAUUACAUUAUCUGGGCUAAUCAAAUGAGGAGCUUCUUGAUUGGUAGAAAGUUAUGGCAUAUCGUUACUGGCAAUGAUCCAACCUACUCUUCUAGUGAAAAACAUUAAGGACACCACUGGAAAUGAUGAUACUGACCCAUUUGAUGCCAUUGUUCAAUAGACCACAACAGAAGACAACAAGUACAUUGAAAAACUUGAGGACUGAGAUAGCAAAAAUCAUCAAAUCAUCACUUGGUUGGGUGUUGUCACAAGCGAGGUCACAUCUUGGCAACUGUCCCACUCGUCCACCCCGCCCUCCUGGUUACUCACAUAAAUCCAAGUCUUCUACAAAAAUUGGUUCUCAACCUAUUAUUGUUGUUGCCACCCCAUCACUGCAUCUUAGAACUUUCAGUUAAAUGAUCUUUAUGUCUUACUGAAACAGGUGAUCUCUUCCAACCCUACUGCUCUUGCAAUUACUCCAUGUACUUCUUGACUCCUUGGUUUGACUUAUUGUAAUCAUAUGACUUCUAACAUUUCAUUCUUAUACUCCCCUAUUCCUGUUCAAUCCCUUCUCCCAAUUCUCUCUACUAAUGGUAAUCACAUGUUUAUCUCUCACAUUGCCACUGUUAAUACACCUACCAUAAAUCUGUCAAGCACUUAUCAUAUUCCAAAUCUCACAUUCAACCUGGCCAAUUAUGUGAUCUCGGGCUAACCAUUACCUUUUCUUCUCAUGGGUGUCAGGUUUAGGAUUCUCAGACUAGGUAAAUGAUUGGUACUAGACAGAAGGUGGGACGAUUAUUUGAGCUCACAUCUCUCCAACACUCUCUUGUGUUUCCACCUAUCUUUGCACUAUAUAUCAGUGGCAUCUUCGUCUAGGUCGUCAUGCAUCCUUUGAUAAACUUCAUAAUUUAGUUUCUACUGGCACUUUGAAUAAUGUCUCAAAAUUUAGUCCCUUUGACUGUUUAAAUUGUAAACUUGCGAAACAACAUGCUUUAUCAUUUUCUAAUUAUGCUUCAUUAUGUGAUAAACCUUUUGGCCUUAUUCACUCUAACAUUUGGUGUCGUGCUACAUGUACUACUGUUAAUGGUUAUCGAUAUUUUUUCUUAUUUAUUGAUGACUAUUCUCAUUUUACUUGGAUUUACUUUCUUAAACAUAAUUCUCCCUUAUUUCAAAUCUGUGUUGAUUUUGUAAAUAUGGUUCACACACAGUUCCUUUGCACAAUUGAAAUCCUUCACACUAAUAAUGCGAUGGAAUACAAGGACUCUCACCUUCUUUCCUUCCUUGCCCAUCAAGGCACUCUGAUUCAACGCUCAUGUCCCCACACCUCCCAACAAAAUGGAAGAGCUGAACGCAAACAUUGUUACAUUCUAGACUCUGUUCGCGCUCAACUUUUGUUUGUUGCCUGUCUUGAAAAAUUUUGGGGAGAGGUUGCCCCACCUCUGUUUAUGUCAUCAACUGUCUUCCUUCUCAAGUCAUUCACAAUGUUUCCCCAUUUGAACGGCUAUAUGGUUAUGGUACUAAACAUAAAGGAUUUCGUUGUUGGGAUCCCAUCUCUCAACGAUUACGUAGAUCUCGUCCUGUCACCUUUUGGGAACAUCGCUCCUCGAGCUUGGUUUGCAACAUUCAGUUCCACUAUUACUCAACUUGGGUUCACCUCCAGCUCUCAUGAUUCGAUCUUAUUCACUCGUCAGACAUCUCGUGGUAUUGUGCUCCUUCUUUUAUAUGUUGAUGGUAUGAUUAUUACAGGUGAUGAUCCUCAAGUCAUGUCUGAUUUGCAAUGUUACCUGAGUAAGCACUUUGAGAUUAAGGAUUUAGGAACCCUCAGUUAUUUUCUUGGCCUUGAGAUCUCAUCCUCAUAUGAUGGCUACUACAUAUCUCAAGGUAAAUAUGCAUCUAACCUCCUCAGACGAUCUGGUAUUACCGACUCUACCACAUCCUCAACGCCUUUAGAUCCAAAUGUGUGACUCACUCCUUUUGAUGGUAUUCCUCUUGACGAUCCUACUUUGUAUCGACAACUUGUUGGUAGCUUGAUUUACUUAAAUGUGACUCGUUCAGAUAUUGCAUUUGCAGUUCACAUUAUUAGUUUAUUCAUGGCUGCUCCUCGUACUAUUUACUUCACUGUUGUUCUCCUUAUUCUUCGCUAUAUUAAAGGCACUUUGGGUCAUGGUCUACCGUUCUCCUCAUAGUCCUCUUUGGUUCUCUCUGGAUUCUUUGAUGUUGAUUGGACAGGUGAUCCUCCACCAUUGGUUAUUGCUUCAAUUUAGGAGAUGCUCUUAUCUUCUGGCGCAGCAAGAAACAAUAUGUUGUUUCUCAUUCUAGCAUAGAGUCUGGAUAUCAUGCUCUGGCUGAUGCCACUUUGGAACUACUAUGGCUUCUUACUGCUAUGGGAGCCCCACAGACAUUCACUCACUAUUCUUCAUUGUGAUAUCCGCAGUGCUAUUCAGAUUACACAGAAUGAUGUAUUUCAUGAAUGAACAAAGCACAUUGAGAAUGAUUGUUAUUUUGCUCGUCAUCACCUUUAGAGCAACACUCUCCAUCUCCAAUCCAUCUCCACCAUAGAUCAACUUGUCGAUAUCUUCACCAAAGCUCUCAAUUCUCCUCGUUUCACCCAGUUACUUCACAAACUCAAUCUGGUUUCUACUCUACCAUCUUGAAUUUGAGGGAGGAUAUUACCGUAAUUAGGGUAAUUUGGAUAUAGUUUUGGAAAAUAUUAUUUUAUUUAUUCUUUUCUUAUGUUGCAUUAUUUUGUGUAUAAUUACAGUUGUAUUAUUGAAAAUUAUCAAGAAAUUAAACUAUUAUUCAAUAAUAAACUACAUAGAU